CAUCAAACUAAUCAGCGAACGUUUCGUAUGGCCAAGUAUGAAUCGGGAUAUUCGUAAUUGGACGCAAGCGUGUAUAAAAUGCCAGAGAGUUAAGAUACAUCGCCACACCAGUUCCGCAGUAGGUCAUUUCCGUCAUCCCGAUAACAGAUUCGAGCACGUACAUAUCGAUAUUAUAGGACCACUGCCGGUUUCGAAUGGUUUCAGUUACAUUUUCACUUGCAUUGAUAGAUUCACACGAUGGCCUGUAGCUGUGCCCAUAAAAGAUAUUACAGCCGAAACUAUCGCAAAAACCCUAGUAGAGCAUUGGAUUUCCCAUUAUGGUGUACCUACUAAUAUUACAACCGAUAGAGGAGCUCAAUUCGAGAGCCGCCUCUUCCAACAACUCACAGAACUACUCGGAAUCAAACGAAUUCGCACAACAUCCUACCAUCCGAUGUCGAAUGGUAUGGUAGAGAGAUUGCAUCGGCAACUUAAAGCUUCUCUUACAGCCGUCAUCAGCAAUAACGAUUGGGCCAGCAAGCUACCGUUAGUCAUGUUGAGCUUAAGAUCAACAAUCAAACAAGAUAUAGAAUGCUGCCCAGCAGAAUUGGUUUAUGGAACCACACUACGUCUGCCAGGAGAGUUUUUCACCGCAGGUAAAAGCGUCCCAACUGAUAUAGCGGACUAUGUACAGCGUCUUAAGCAGCAUAUGAGUAGUCUAAGGAUAACGCUUCCGAGACAACAUCAACGCCGUGUGUACAUACCCAAACAACUAAGUGACAGUACCCAUGUGUUUAUCAGAAGGGAUAAUGUGCAACGUCCCUUACAACCGGCCUACGAUGGUCCAUUUAAGGUGAUUAAAAGAGACGACAAAACUAUUACGGUAGAAAAAGCUGGAAAAACGGAUGUAAUUAGCAUCGACCGAGUCAAACCAGCUUUCAUCGAAGCCUACGAUCAGCCAGUACAUACAGAUACUGCGAAAACCGUUGAAUCAUCGAAACGUCAGUUCCAAUCAUCAACGACAUCGACGAACACAAACAAAGAGAAUCCAGUAACCACAAAGUCUGGUCGAAGAGUAAGAUGGCCCCAACGUUAUGUCGCUGCAAUCUUCUAUUAAUAAUUUUCUACUAUUUUAAAUAUUAAUUAUAACUUCC